CACCGAUCAACGGAAAGAGCCGAAGAUGUCAGCUCAGUCAUGUGAUCAGCUGUGUCCAAUCACAGCUGAUCGCGAGCUGUCACACUGACAGUUUGAGAGGAGAGCCAGUAAUCGACAUUCCUCGAAGGGGACAUGUGCACAGAUGAUCUGUGUAACCCCAGCAGUGCCACCUGUCAGUGCCAACUGUAAGUGCUCAUCCAUGCCACCUGCCAAUGCCCAUCAGUGCCACAUUUCAGUGCCCAUCAAUGCCACAUAUCAGUGCCCAUCUGAGCUGCCUUUCAGUGUCACCUAUCAAUGCCAGUCAGGUGCCACCUAUCAGUGCUGCCAAUCAGUGCCACCGAUCAGUGUGCAUCAGUGCUGCCUAUCAGUGCCUGUCAGU